AUGGCAACUAUGGACCGACGUCUCCUGAAAGCAGCCACAUCCGGCGACGCUGCAUCACUGAAACAACUGGCAUCUCAUGACCCGGGCGUGCUGCUUGGGACAACUCCACCGGGCAACACCUGCCUCCACAUCUCGUCCAUCCAGGGCCACGAGGAACUCUGCGAGAGCAUCCUGGCGCUGGACCAAUCCCCGGCGCUCCUCUCCGCCGUCAACAAGGACGGCGAGACACCGCUGCUGGCCGCCGUGGCAAGGGGUCGUGCGUCUCUAGCCUCUGCUCUGCUCAGGCGCUGCCGUGAGCGGCAGCUGAGCGAGGCGAUCCUGAGGCAAGACAGGCACGGGUGCAACGCGCUGCACCACGCCGUCCGCAGGGGACACACGAAGCUGGCGCUCGAGCUGGUCGAAGUGGAGCCUGUCUUGUCGAGAGCCGUCAACGGGCGUAGCGAGUCACCUCUGUUCAUCGCGGCGAUGAGAAACUUCACGGAGGUGGCGGAUAGACUGCUGGAGCUUCCUGAUUCGGCUCACUCUGGAGCUUUCGGCUUCAAUGUUCUCCAUGCUGCUGUCAGAAGUGGAAAUCUAGCUAUCGCUAAAAAGGUUAUGGAGACACGUCCGUGGCUAGCCACAGAGGAGAACGAGAAUAGGCACACUCCAGUGCACCUGGCUGCAUAUGACGGCGAGAUUAACGCGCUAGCAGUAUUGCUGGAGCAUGAUCCGUCUUUGGGGUACCUAACCUCCACAGACGGUGACACUCUUCUCUGUGUCGCAGCAUCUCAGGGCCAUGGUGGUGUUGCUCGAGGGCUUCUUGAACACUGUCCAGAUGCUCCCUACUGCGAUGCAAGCAGCUCGACAUGUCUUCACAUUGCCGUGUUGUGUGGACAUACAGAGUUUGUAAGAUCUAUCCUGGGGUUACAGCAGCUUGGCCACCUGAUUAACAUGCUAAAUGGAAGCGGAGAAACUGCUCUGCAUCUCGCUGUCAGAAACUGCAAGCCGGACAUGGUUGCUGCUUUACAGCUUCACCAGGACAUAGACGUAACGGUGCUUAACAGCGCCGGUGACCCGGCAAGCCGGGUGUUGCCUGAUGCCGCCAAUCACACCAAGGCUUUAAUCUCGACGACGGCACAUCAAACAGCUACGGCCGCCGUUAAUUCGACAGGAGCUGCCAUAAGCACACCCUCCGAUGGAGCAAUCAUGAUGAAUUCAUCAUCAGGAGCUCCCACGACUCCACCACCAUCAGUGUCACUGGCAAUCCACCAACGUCUCCUGGGCGCAGCCGUGUGCGGCAACUCCGCGGAAAUGAAGCACAUGGCCCUGCAGACCCCGGGGGUGCUGCUGGGAACAACUCCCCAGGGGAACACCUGCCUCCACAUCGCCUGCAUCCAUGGCCACGAGAGGUUCUGCAGGGACGUCCUGGCGCUGACGACCAACCAGCAGUCUCCGGCCCCGGCGGCGCCUCUUCUCGGCGCCGUCAACGCCGACGGCGAGACACCGCUGCUCGCCGCCGUGGCCAGCGGCCACUUCUCCCUGGCCUCGUUCAUCCUCGGGCGCUGCCGUGACGAGCAGCUGAGCGAGGCGAUCCUGGCGCAGGACAAGCGCGGGUUCAACGCGCUGCACCACGCCAUCCGCAGCGGGCACCGGAAGCUCGCCCUCCAGCUGAUCGACGCGGAGCCCGGCCUGUCCAAAGCUGUGAACAUGUACGACGAGUCGCCCAUGUUCAUCGCGGUGAUGAGGAACUACGCGGAGGUGUCCGAGAAACUGCUGGAGAUCCCUGAUUCUGCUCACGGGGGAGCGUAUGGCUACAAUGCUCUGCAUGCUGCCGUCAGAAGUGGCAAUCCAGUUGUUGUCGCGAAAAGGAUCAUGGAGACACGUCCCGGGCUGGCCAGAGAAGAAGACGAGCACAUGGUGACUCCAAUGCACAUGGCUGUACAGUGGGACAAGAUUGACGUGCUAAGAGUGCUGCUGGAGCAUGAUUGGUCCCUAGGGUACGUACUCACCUCGAAUGGUAACCCUAUUCUUGAUUCAGUUGCACGUCAGGGAUACGUCGGGGCUGCCCGAGAGCUUCUCAAGCAUUGCCCAGAUGCUCCCUACGCCCGUGCAGAUGGCAAAACGACAUGCCUUCACCAAGCCGUUCAGGGUGGUCACAUGGAGCUUCUGCAAUUCUUCCUGGGGUCAAAGCAUCUUCGGAAGCUAGUCAACAUACGAGACAUCAUGCAUGAGACUCCUCUGCACGACGCCGUCCGAAAGUGCAAUCCCAAGAUAGUCAAUGCUUUGCUGCAACACCCGGACACCGACGUCACAGUGCUCAACAUCUCGGGUAACCCGGCUACCUGGCUACUAUCUCCUAUGACCGACCACGCCAAGACUUUAAACUGGAAUGAAGUCUCCAUGCUUAUGCUGAAAGCUGAUCCUGAAGCAGCAAAUGAUACUUAUAACCUUCAUAAGCAAAUCAAGGAUCGAGUAACUUCUGAAUCAAGGAAGGAUAUAAAGACAUUGACUCAGACAUAUACAAGCAACACUUCUUUAGUGGCAAUCCUCAUUGCAACAUUCACCUUUGCUGCUGCUUUCACCUUGCCUGGAGGAUAUAGCAAUGAUGCUGCAAGUGAGGGGUUACCCAUCAUGGCAAGAAAGAUUGCAUUCCAGGCAUUCUUGAUCUCUGAUUCAUUGGCAAUGUUCUCCUCGCUGGCUGUUGCUUUCAUAUCCAUAAUAGCAAGAUGGGAGGACUUUGAGUUUUUGCUUCAUUACAGAUCCUUUACUAAGAAACUUAUGUGGGUUGGCUACAUAGCAACCACCACAGCAUUUGCAACAGGUCUAUACACAGUUUUAGCCCCUCGCCUCCUAUGGUUGGCCAUAACAAUUUGCCUUAUGUCGGUUCUACUGCCCGUUCUUACGAAGCUACUAGGUGACUGGCCUGUCUUGAAGCUUAGAAUUCAUCUGGGCAAAACAUUCAAGCCAGAGCUCCUUGAUAUGAUCACCAUCUUCGUCACGAUAUAUGGAACAAAUUUAAAGCGGAGAGUUCUAGGACUUGCAGUUAUAGAGCGGGCUAGGAAAAAGCAAGCUUCACGGGUCAUGAAACUCAAGCUGGGAGACGCAAAUUCAAAAUUCUUCCACCGUAGGAUCAACGACCGUAGAAGAAAGAACCAUAUCCAACGGUUGAAAAAGGGUCAAGGAUGGGCUUUCGAAAACGAGGACAAUGAAAAAGUAAUUCUUGAUCACUUUGCCGCUGUAAUGGGGCGCCCCAUAGAACGCACACUAGAUCUCAAUUGGGACAACCUUGACCAGCCGGCGCUCGACCUUCACUCGCUCGACGAUCCUUUCUCAAAGGACAAAAUCAAAACUGCCAAUUUCCAAAUGCCAGCUGACAAAGCGCUAGGCCCAAAUGUCUAUACAGGUGCUUUUUUCAGAGCAUGCUGGGAUGUGAUAAAAGGCGAUUUUAUGGAGGCGGUGAUUGCUUUCCACAAUCUACGGAUCUCGAGCCUACCACUUCUAAACUCAGCCAACAUUGUGCUAAUACCGAUGAAAGAGGGCGUUGAUUAUGUGACAGACUAUAGGCGGCCCAUAAGCCUCAUUCACUCAUUUGCCAAAAUCAUUGCCAAAGCUCUGGCCCUAAGACUUGCUCCGUACAUGAAGACCACAGUGCCACCUACACAAAGUGCAUUUAUUAAAAAGAGAAGCAUCCAUGACAAUUUCAUGGCUGUGUGA